CUUACCGACAUUUCCUAACGCUCAAUCCAAAGGUCAUAAGGGUCUUACUAGUAAACCCAUGUUUUUAUUAGUACAGAAAAGCUAAAGUAAACCCGUCCAUAGUGUUUGUGUUUCUACUUUCUAGUUUAAACUUGGCCCCUGAACAGCUACGCCCCUGCCGGAAACUUGCCGGAGCCCGGACGGAACGCAACAAAAAAUUGGAUCCCAGGACAGGUGAUGGGUCGCUCACCUGUCAUCUGCUGCCAUCGUCACUGUGGUUGGAGUGGGUCGCUCUUAUUUUCUUGUUAAUCUUUGCCGCUUAUAAUCGCCAGCAGUUUCAUUUAGUCGUCUUUACCGCUAUCAAGUGGACGUCUUUGUCGUUUCAUCGCUGGAUUUAGCCGGACAUUGCCGUCACCUUCGCUUCAUCUGGGUUUUGCUGGAGUUGAAUUGGUUGUUCAUCUCCCUCCUCUGCUAUUAUCCAUCGCUGGAGUUAGGUGUUUGACUAAUCGAUGCUCCAUCGCUUGCUUCAUUUUAUGGCUCCCUCUCUUCUUCAAAGUCCGUCUCCUCCGCAAUUUCAGAUUGUGAUGGAUACUCCUUUGAAGUCCCUCAACCCGAACAAGCAUCUUAAAGAACAGUUUGUGAGCAACCUUAGUGGAUCUUCUAUGCUUGAAUUGUUUUGUCUGAUGACAACUCUCUCUUACAGAUUGUCAUACUAUUACGGCGUUCUACCGGAUUAAAUACUCAAAUUGGGGCUUUUUUGAAGAAACAUGACAAAGAUAAUGGUAUUAUUAGGACUAAGAACUUGGCGAUGUACAUUGCAGCAGUUAGCCUGGAUUUCCUCUGCAUUAUUGUUCCUUUCAUUUUAUAUACAACUGUCCUAGCAGAUUGGAUUUAUGUAAAUACAACUCUGGUUGCUUCGUUGUUGCUUUUAUGUAUUUUUUUUGGAAGAUUUGGAUCUCCUUUUCAGGAUGAUGGGCUCCAAUCUCUUAGACAAAAUAUAUCAGCAUACAGAGUAUCCAUGAUGCUUCUUACAUGCUUGUGUAUUCUGGCUGUUGACUUCAAAAUGUUUCCUAGAAGAUUUGCAAAAACAGAGACUUACGGAACGAGCUUGAUGGAUCUUGGUGUAGGCUCAUUUGUAUUGACAAAUGCAUUCGUUUCACGUCAGGCACGUGGCAUCUCAGCAAUGAGUUUCUCUAACUCAUUGCGUUCAACCUGGCCACUGAUAUUUCUAGGCCUUGCUCGACUCAUAUCUACAUCGAGUGUAGACUAUCAGGUUCAUGUAGGGGAGUAUGGAAUGCAUUGGAAUUUCUUUUUCACCCUCGCUGGUGUGGCAAUCCUUACGUCAAUCAUUAAUGUUCCUCCAAAUUACUGUGGGAUUCUUGGCUUAUUCAUUCUCCUAGGAUAUCAACUAUGCUUGUUACUUGGGUUUAACGAGUAUCUGCUCUCAGAUAAAAGAGGAGCAGAUUUAAUUAGCCAAAACAAGGAAGGGGUUUUCAGCAUUUUUGGUUAUUGGAGUUUGUACCUUAUUGGUGUCCAAUUAGGACACUUUCUUUUUUUCGGGAACCACUAUAGUGCUACUACAUUCAGAAACAAUAAAUGGGCAAUGAAAAGAGUUUGCGCUCUAUCUCUAUCAUUCUGGUUGUUGACAUAUAUUCUUGACAAGCACGUUGAGAAGGUUUCACGCAGAAUGUGCAACCUGGCUUAUGUUAGUUUUGUAUUGGCUCAAAAUCUACAGGUUUUGGGUAUAAUCAUGCUCUCUGGUUAUGCAUCUCAACCCAAAAUAUCUGCAUUGGAGGAAGCUUUCAACCAAAACCUUCUAGCAUCUUUUCUUCUGGCUAACAUGCUUACAGGGCUCGUGAACCUAUCUGUUAAUACGCUAUCUGUUACAUCAUUCUCAGCACUUGCUAUCUUGCUACUCUACGCAUUGGUUUUAUCUAUUGCAGUCGGAUUUGCCAACUUGUAUGGACUCAAGUUCAAGUUCUGGUAGUUAUGUUAGUAGUAAUUUACAGAUUUCAUUUGACCUUGUUCAAUUUAUUUGCAAAUGUAUCAUAGGCUCGUGAACCUAUCUGUUAAUAUGCUUUCUAAAAUAAAUAUAAGAACAUUACUUCCCUUUGUUCUUGAAUAAAUGAAACU